UUCUAAUGGAAUGUAGGUAUACACUACAUAUUUAAGAUAUAUUACCACAAUGAUAAUAAUUCUAAUUUUUUUUCUGCAGAUUGUAUUAAAAUGUGGUCCAUAGUAUGUUUCACUGAAGAAAAUACCAUUGAAUGUAUCCCAAACUUUUGGUAUAAAAAUAAUUUAUGUGCAUGGCCAAAUAGUGUAAAUAAAAUUAAUCCUCGAUUACUCGUCGAACGACGCGCUUCUCCAAAUCAAUUUGAGUUCAAUUUCUUUAAAGCAAGAUUAUUAGCUUCUGAUAUAAGUAAUUUAACCAAGGCAUAUAAACAGUUAAAAAAAGCUGAGGAUACUUCUGAAUUAUCAACAUUUGAAAACGAAGUCAUUAGUAAAUCAAAGUCAAAACAAAUCAAAAAUAAUUCCAAUCAUAUAAAUAUUGUUAAUGAAAAAACUACAAUGAAGAUACAUCCAAAGAAUAAAAUCUCCUCAAUUCUCAAGAGUCCACCUAAAUUUAUUCAUAAAUUUGGGGAUAACAACAGCAAUUCAACAACUACAAGUAAUAAGACCGAAAUUAUGAACCAAGUAUCUUAUGAUAAAUACAAAAAAGCCAAAGAUAAUUGUAGUAGCAGUGAGUGUAAUAUUGUAUAUUCUGAUGAAGAUAACAAUUGUGGUACUUCAUUCAUUCAUCAGGGCACUAGUGAUUCAGACUUAAAAUCAAGUAUUAAAAAUAAUAAAUCUCCUAUUAACUGGAACACAAGUGUUGACAACUUGUAUCCUAUUGAUAUACAAAAAACAUCCAGUCCUGUUCCUAAAACUUGGACUGUAACUCCUGUAAAGUUAACACCCACUAUUAACUGUAAAAAGAAAUUGGAUUUCUAUUCUGAACCUCUAUUAUACAAAAACAUUGGAGAAUCUGUACAUUCAAGUAUAUUCAUUUUUUUCAAGUACCUAGUCAAUGUUAAACAAAUAAAUACUUUUAUUUUAACUCUAGAAAUUACAAAAAAAACCAAUGCUUCAACAUCCCAUACUGUUCAAUCAGGAAAUGAUUUAGUAUCUUCUGCAGAUUUCAUGAACAAAUUUUAUCGUACUGUAGUUUCCUUAAAGUAUGACAUUAAGGAAAUUCUUAUCAAAUUGGAUCGUCUAGAGAAUAAAGCGACCGAGAAUGAAGCACGCCUAAGCAUGUCUGCAGACUUCCGUGAUGUUCACGAAGAAAGUAGUGCUAUAUUAUGGAAUUUUCCAAUUACUUCAUUGGAGGAACUUGAAUUGUUUGAAGAAAAGCUGCUGGAUAAAUCAUUUCGAUUGAGAAUGGUUAAGGAUCUUAGUUUAAUGGUGCGAAAUACUGUAUCAGAGACUGUACGUCAAAUUAUUUCUAGAAUGUUUAUUAACGAAGUUUUAUCUAAGUAUUCAUUUGUUGGGCAAAAAAAGAAAUUAUCAUUUUCUAUUUUAAAUUCCUGCACAGUUAUAUUCGAUGCAAUAAGAAAUAUUAAACAAUUCAAAGAUACACCAUCUUUAAUCAUUGAGAAGCCGUUCAAAGAAUAUUUAGCCGGAGCUAAAUUCCGUGACUUAAAAAAAAAAACAAAAACAAGAUAAUAUGAUGCAAACCGUUUAAAUUGUACCAUUAUAAUGUAUUAUUUGUUUUUAUUAUUAUUAUUAUUAAGGUGUAUUCUCAUUUUAUAGGUAUACCUGCAAA